GCCACUGUUGUUGGCCUUUGUGGGAGUGACUAGAGAGAGACCUCAAACACUAAAAAUAAAUUAAAGCAAAAACCGGAAAAAAAAAAAAAGCUUUUGCGGAUUGGAAAUUCGGCAUCAAACGCUUUGAGGACUUUACUCCAAACUCUUCUUGCGAUUUAGCUUUUUGGGGUCUAUAACAGGAUUGAAAAGGUGAGGUUUAGGAUGGAGAAGAAUUCGAAGAGCAAAUGCAAGUCAGUGACGCACAAGCUCUUUAAGGACAAAGCGAAAAACCGUGUGGAUGACCUGCAGGCCGUGUUCAUGGACCUCCAAUACGCGAGGAAGGAGAGCCGCACGAUCGAUUUGGCGGUCCUCGAAGAGCAAGUCCAUCAGAUGCUCCGCGAAUGGAAAGCCGAGCUCAAUGAGCCCUCCCCGGCUUCUUCCUUGCAACAAGGUGGUAGUCCCGGAUCGUUCUCAUCGGACAUUUAUCGCCUACUGCAGCUCUGUGAGGAGGAAGAUGACGCCACUAGUCCAUUAGCCGCUCCGAAGCCCGAGCCUACUGAUCAAAGUUUUCAAGUUGGAGAAACCAUGGUUUUUCCUGAGGGGUUUGGCAUGAACCAGGUGCAGCAGGAACCUGGCUUCCCUUUGAUUGAUUGCAAAAACUCCAGCUCAAGAGUUUGCAAUGUUUCAGUUAACAAUUUGGAAGGAGCUACUCAUUUAGACUAUCAUCCAUAUGAGUUACAUCAAGACUUUGACCGCAACUUCUAUACUGGCUUUAACGGUACAGGAUUGUCUGUAGAGGAUGCACUGCCGCAUAUUUCUAGCUAUCUUCCAAGCAUAUGCCCUCCACCUUCUGCUUUCUUGGGCCCGAAAUGUGCACUUUGGGAUUGCCCAAGGCCUGCUCAAGGGUUGGACUGGUGUCAAGACUAUUGCAGUAGCUUUCAUGCUGCUCUUGCAUUGAAUGAAGGACCACCCGGUAUGGGUCCUGUUCUUCGACCUUGUGGCAUUGGCUUGAAGGAUGGACUGCUUUUUGCUGCUCUUAGUGCAAAGGCACAAGGAAAAGAUGUAGGUGUCCCAGAGUGUGAAGGAGCUGCAACUGCAAAAUCUCCGUGGAAUGCACCUGAACUCUUUGAUCUCUCGGUUCUCGAAGGUGAAACAAUUAGAGAGUGGCUCUUUUUUGACAAGCCUCGUAGAGCAUUUGAGAGUGGUAACAGAAAGCAGAGGUCAUUACCGGAUUAUAGCGGACGUGGUUGGCAUGAGUCGAGGAAGCAAGUGAUGAAUGAGUUUGGAGGAUUGAAGAGAUCCUACUAUAUGGAUCCGCAACCCUUGAACCAUAUUGAGUGGCACCUUUACGAAUACGAGAUCAACAAGUGUGAUGCAUGUGCACUAUAUAGGUUGGAGUUGAAGCUCGUUGAUGGGAAGAAAAGCGCCAAGGGGAAAAUAUCUAAUGAUUCAGUUGCUGAUCUGCAAAAGCAGAUGGGGAGACUUUCUGCCGAGUUUCCCUCUCCCGACAUCAAGCGCUCUGUCAAGGGUAGAGCCAAAAUCAACACAAAGGUUAAUGCUGGAGGAAAUGUUUAUACCACGGCAAGCCGAGUAGCAACAACAAACGGUACAUUUGGUUACGGACUGGGUGCACCGUAUGAUUAUCUAGUUGAAAAUGUGACCGAGUAUUACCUGACGUAAAUUAAGAAUCCUGCUGGAGUAUAGAAUGAGCUUCACAUUGUUAGGGGGUCGUGGUAUAACAGUAGGUAGUGGUGGGGGUCGUGUUAUCACUUCUUUAACUCAUCCAGUCUUUCGGUUUUUUGUUUCCUUUGAUAUAUAACCUAAGUCAAGCUCAUUUUGUGCUCUGCAAAGAUACUGUGAAUGGCUUGUUCGCGCAUGGAAAUACGUUGCGUUACUUGGACACAUAAGUAUAUCCUAACUUUUGGGACACAGGUAUAAAAGUUUAUGAAAAUGGUGAGCCCCCCAAGCCACUAGUGUCACCAUAACUGGAUAGGAUGGAUUCACAUUGCUGUUGCAAUUUAUUCCCGACUAUUUUGGGGCUUCAAAUAUUGUAUUAGUGAUGUGGGCAGUUUGCAGUCCAUAAAAUACAAUUUCUGCAAUAUCAUCUGUCUGACUAUUUGGUAUAUAUAUUGGUAUUUUGUACUUAACGGGUUGUGGAAGUACUCUU